AUGAUUGGACGUCUUAAGAAGGUGAGCCUGCCAGCUCUCUCGGCGGUUAUCCUGUUUUGCAGUUACCACUAUGCCCGAGUCCUGGGAGUGAUUUGCUUCAACAUUGGUGAAAGGACCUCCGACAAGUCCUUGGUGGGUCGGAGUAACCACAGCUUCAAGUGGAUCUGCCUGAGUUUGCGGCUCGUCUGUGCCACAGUGGUUUGUUGCUUCUGUGCCCCUCAUGUCGCCGAAAUCGAGGAUCCUUACGAGUGGCUGCUGCAGUGGCUCCGUCUGUCCGCCAGUAUCAUGUGCUCCAUCAGCAUUGUGGUGGUUCAGAUUGGCUUUGAAAAAGAACUGCUCCGGAUUUUCAACAGUUUCCUUCGACUUUUCCGACGCCUUCGUCGCUUGUCGUCCCUGAAAAAGAUUGGAUUUGGAGGCCAACGGGAGUUCUUCAUGCUACUGGUUAAAUCCGUCUGUUUGGUCUACGAACUGUACUGUGAGUUGGGCCAACUGUGGUAUUCACACAAUUGGCUGGGGCUUGUUACCAUGGUGUGUGAAAUAAUUCUGGAAAUCGGUUCUCUGAUGAUCCUACAUAUUGGUUUCUUUGGAUAUCUCAGUGUGGCCGCCCUGUAUUCCGAGGUAAAUAGAUUUGCCCGUGUUGAGUUGCGUCGCCAGCUGAGAUCCUUGGAGCCUCCUGGCGGAGGUCCUGUGAGUCGACGUCGUCUAAGGAUCGUUGAGAAUCGUCUGGAUGAGUGUAUCUCUGUUUACGACGAAAUCGAACGAGUGGGUCGCUCAUUUCAUCGCCUCUUCGAACUGCCAGUUCUUAUAAUUCUUGAAGGGAAAUUAUUUGCCACCAUAGUUCUGUCCUACGAGGUGAUCAUUCGAGCGGAGCUUUAUCCCAGCAAGAUCGGAAUGUGGGGUCUGGUGGUAAAAAGUUUUGCGGAUGUGAUACUGCUCACUUUGGCAGUUCAUGAGGCGGUGAGUAGAUCAAGAGAUAUGCGACGCUUAAGUUUGGAGAACUGUCCCAUCAAUGAUUACAAGCAAUGGCACAUGAAGUGGGAAAUGUUCUUAAGUCGCCUGAACUUCUUUGAAUUCCGAGUCAGACCCUUGGGCUUGUUUGAGGUCUCCAACGAAGUGAUCUUGUUAUUUUUGUCCAGCAUGAUCACCUAUUUUACUUAUGUGGUGCAGUACGGAAUUCAAACCAAUCGAUUGUGA